UUUUUUUCUUUCUGUGGCCCUAAUCCUCUUCAUACUUAACACACUUUUAGGAUUCUAUUUCUUUCUUCUCAGGAUGUGCAUUUUUUGUAUAAAACCUGCUUCUAAACUUCUUUAACUCUUAAAAUAUCACAAUAAAACAAAUUUUUAAAGCAGGGAUUCUGUUCAUGAAAGUGUUGUGUUUGCAGUGACCAAAUGAAACCUAGUGGCUUCCAUGGAAACACAUUUGAGAAGUCGAUGCUCCUAAAAUUUCUGGGAGGAGUUUGAAUUUUUUUUUCUUCCCAGUUUUCUUCAGGAUGACACAUGAAACUUUCCCGAGCAGCGACUUUGCUCCUGGACUCCUUUAAACUCCUCCAAGACCAUCGACCUCCAGCUCUGUAGACCACAGACGCGCCUGCCUGUUUUCAGAAGUCCGUCCGAUGGGGGGAAACUGAAGAAACGCCGCCGAGAAGACUCGAACGCGCAGCGAUGAGCUCCCAGGACGCCGCCGAGUGACGGAGGACGCAGCCGAGAGACGUCGAGCGCUUUUGUCCGGGCUCGCUUUUCGCUCCGUGAAGCUCGCGCGGAGACGCCGCGUGCACCGCGGAGCGCCAUGGCCGCUCAGUGCGACGGCUUAAGCGGAUACUUGCAGCAGUCGGACCAGGGCUCCAACAGCGAGCGCAGCGCCGACUCGCCCCUACCGGGGUCGGAGGAGGACCUCGGCGGGCCCCUGCAGCUGCCGGACCCGGAGUGGACGGAGGAGAGGUUUCGGGUGGACCGCAAGAAGCUGGAAGUCAUGUUGUUAGCUGCCUCUGAGGGGAGAGUCAACGGGGGAGAGGACUUCUUCCAGAAGAUCAUGGAUGAAACCCAAACCCAGAUAGCGUGGCCUUCCAAACUCAAAAUUGGAGCCAAGUCCAAAAAAGAUCCUCAUAUCAAGGUGUGCGGGAAAAGAGAGAACGUGCGAGAAGCGAAAGACAGAAUUAUGUCUGUCCUUGACACAAAGAGCAACAGGGUGACUUUGAAGAUGGACGUCUCCCACACAGAACACUCCCAUGUGAUCGGCAAAGGUGGCAACAACAUCAAGAGGGUGAUGGAGGAGACGGGCUGCCACAUCCAUUUCCCAGACUCCAACAGGAACAACCAGGCGGAAAAGAGCAACCAGGUGUCCAUCGCGGGACAGCCAGGAGGGGUGGAGGCGGCUCGAGUGAAAAUAAGGGAGCUGCUGCCUCUUGUGUUGUCCUUUGAGCUCCCGGCCAUCAUGCAGGCUGACCCCAGCUCCCCCACCGUGCAGCACAUCUCCCAGACCUACAACCUCACCGUUUCCUUCAAACCCCCAACGCGGCUCUACAGGGCCACCGGUGUUGUUCGGGGCUCCCAGAAUAACAGCAACGCUGUCAAGCGAGGCACCGCUCUGCUGCUGGAGCACCUGGCCGGUAGCCUGGCGAGCACCGUCUCCGUCACCACCCACCUGGACAUCGCACCCCAACACCACCUCUUCAUGAAGGGCCGCAACGGCAGCAACAUCAAGCACAUCACCCAGCGGACCGGAGCCCAGAUUCACUUCCCCGACCCCAACGGCCCCCAGAAGAAGUCCACCGUCUACAUCCAGGGCACCAUCGAGUCCGUGUGCCUGGCGCGGCAGUACCUCAUGGGCUGCUUGCCUCUGGUGUUAAUGUUUGACAUCAAAGAGGACGUGGAGGUGGAGCCUCAGUGCAUCACGGCGCUGAUGGAGCAGCUGGACGUCUUCAUCAGCAUUAAGCCAAAACCAAAGCAGCCCAGCAAGUCGGUGAUAGUGAAGAGCGUGGAAAGGAAUGCCGUCAACAUGUACGAAGCGCGAAAAUUCCUCCUGGGCCUGGAGAGCAACGGCGUGUCGUCGUCCUCCCCCGCCGGGGCGCUGAACCCCCCCACUAACGGUCCGUCCCCGUCACUCAUCUGCCCCGUCAGCCUGGACAUCCUGACCUCAGCUGGACUGGGGCUGAGCAAACUGGGUUUCCUGGGUGCAACAGCCCCCCACUCCAUGGCGAACUCCGCCAUUCCCAACGCUGUCCUGAACAGCUUGAACUCCUCUCUGAGCCCCCUUCAGACCCCGAGUCCCAGCAACCCGGCGCCGUCCCCCUCCCUGUGGCCCAGCUCGCUCGCCGGCACCCAGAGUUCGUAUCCAAUCUUUGAGGAAUCGAUCUUCUCCGUUUAUUUCCUACCACUUUUAUUGGAUAGAUUUUAUCUUUUCCCUACAGGCUUUUCAUCUCAGCUGAUUGUGCACCCUGCCACUCAGGCCACGCUCAGCACCAUCCUGCUGUCAGGAGUUCAGGGUUACACACACAGCACGACAUCUCCUCCCCCCGGCCUCGCCCCCAUCGACAAGCCGCCCAACGGGGUCCCUGACUGCGCCCUCAACGGACACGUCAAGCACCCGGGUUCUGUCUAUGGGAGGUUACCAACAGCAGCACUCGCAGACGCGGUUCUGAGUCCAGCGCCAUGCGACCCGGUCCAGGAAGCCAGCGGGCACAAUCCAUCAGAACCACUCUCCAGCAAGUCCAAUUCAGAUGAAGGCUCCGAUACGUUCGUGGAGGUGGGCAUGCCCAGGAGCCCCUCUCACUCGGCCAACGGCAAUGAGCUGAAACAGAUGCUGGCUUCGUGUAAGACGGCGUCAGGGAAGCGACAGGCUGUGGAGCUCCUGCAAGGGACCAAGAACUCCCAUCUACAUUCUGACUGCCUCCUGUCUGAUGGGAAGUCCAGCUCCUCAGACGGUCCUGUGGCAGAUAAGAAGGCUCCAGGCAGCGAGCGAGCUGCUGAGAGGGCUGCUCAGCAAAACGAGAGAAUCCGACUCACACCACAGUCUUCUUUUGCUAACAUGCAGGCAUUUGAUUAUGAGCAGAAAAAGCUGUUGGCAACAAAAGCUAUGCUAAAGAAACCUGUGGUGACUGAGGUUCGAACCCCCACCAACACAUGGAGUGGGCUGGGCUUCUCCAAGUCCAUGCCGGCUGAAACCAUCAAGGAGUUACGGAGAGCCAAUCACGUCUCAUAUAAACCCAGCAUGACCACCACCUACGAGGGUUCCCCGCUGUCUCUGUCUCGGUCUGGCAGUCGGGAAGGCAUCGGGAACGGCAGUGAAUCGGAAAACUGGAGGGAGAGAAACGGCUCCGGUAACGGCCUUCCGAACCACGCCGACUUCCCCUCGUGUGUCAGCAGUCCCAAACGGAAGCAGAACAAAUCUGCGACGGAGCAUUACCUCAGCAGUAGCAACUACAUGGACUCCAUUUCUUCUGUAACUGGAAGCAACGGCUGCAGCCUGAACUCGUCCCUGAAAGGCUCCGACCUGCCAGAACUUUUCAGCAAGCUGGGUUUGGGGAAAUACACAGACGUCUUCCAGCAACAAGAGAUUGACCUCCAGACGUUCCUGACUCUCACAGACCAGGACCUCAAGGAACUGGGAAUCACCACCUUUGGGGCCCGCAGAAAAAUGCUGCUUGCUAUUUCGGAGCUAAACAAGAACAGGAGGAAGCUAUUUGAGCCACCCAUCAGGUCCUCCUUCCUGGAGGGAGGAGCCAGCGGACGCCUCUCCCGCCAGUUUCACUCCGACAUAGCCAGCGUGAGCGGCCGGUGGUAGACCCCUCCAACCGCGUUUUCAGCCGAGGCCUCGUGGUUUCUGCGCUCCGGCUCAAACCAAGACUGUAACAGUAUUAGAAGUAAACUUGUAUUUGCUCCAAAAGCCAUACUUUUACCUUAAGUGCCAACAGAAGAAGGGAUUUAAGAAGUUAAGUGUUCACUCUUUAGGGUCCAAAUGAAGGAUUUAUGGAUAAUCCUACAAAGGAAUGAUCAGAACAAUCAAUCGAUUGAUACUACCUGCAUUUGCAUUAUGCUAUUGUAUCAGUGACAUGCACUUUAAAACUAAACGGACGGAAAGAAUUCCUUUUUUUUUUUUUUUUAAAGCACAGACGUAGUUCGCAAACAAACCAAAAAAACUCUGAGCACUUAGCCGCUGAGAGAGAGGACGGCGUGUUUCCAUGGCGACUUUACCACUUAAACCAAAGGGAAGUCAUCGUGACCUUUGACCUUGGACAUUCGCCUAGCGUCAAAGUUAACUUGUAUAUCAAAACAACUUAUAUGCAUUAUGAUUUUAUGUUUGUAAUUUUCAUUUUAGGUUAUGAGUGGAAUGUUUAUUGGUAAUCAGUUUACAUAUGUAUGUUUUUUAUAAACAUUUUUUGUUUUUUUUUCUCCGCCCCCAUCUGUGGAGCCACGGUAUGGCUGUGCCAUAUGACCGCAGCAGUUAUGAGGCAGUCGGGCUCAGGCUUGAAGGCCGUCUCUGUCCGAUUGUAACAGAAACUUUCUGUGGUUCUUCUGUUUAAAGUGCGUUUCAUUUCACACUCGAGGCCUUAAAUCUCCCUGUGAGCUCCCGCUUGUGUCUAGAAUGUAUUUUUCAUUUUCAUAUUCUUACAAUAUAUUUUUUUUUUUUUUUUUUGCUUUAAAAAAAGGGAAACUCUCAUAACAGAACAAAGCCGGGUCUUUGUAACAUUGAGCAUCAAUGUACAUAAAAAGUAACUUUCCAGCAUGUUUGGUACUCUGUGAUUAUCUGACUGUCCUCUCCUGAUCGGAGGAACAUCAUCGGAAUCAGGAUGUUCGUAGUCGACUUUCAUUUAUGUUUAUCUGUUACGCAAAAACUAAAUCAAGCAUCAAGGUUUGACAUUCUGCACUGCGAAUCAGAAUUUGAUUUUUUUAAAUGUAUUUUUUGUUUUGAAAAUGAAAAAAGCAGGAAGGAUUUGUUGAGCUGUUUUUUCUAAAUUAAAAAAAAAAGUUUUCAAAUUUCAGGAUCCGUGUCAUUUCCAUCGUCUUAAACAUUUUCUAGAAAUUAAAGCUAAAACUUAAUAAUUAUCGUUCUAAAUUCUGUACAGACUAUAAAGAUAGAUAUUAUUACUGUACAUUUGAUUAUUACGGAGCCCCUAAAGGGACAUAAAAGUAAAAAAAAUAAUGUUUUUUUACGUUACUAUCUGGUGCACACUAUCUGGAUACCAAUUACUAAAAAAAAAUUAACUGCAGUUUUGUUUUCACUUUGAUAACUUUGAAGUAAAACUUUGAUGACUUGGAGAAUUUUUUUUAUUU